AUGAAAAGUGAGCAUUAAUCAUUAUUAUUGACUAAAAGAGAAGAAUUUAGAUUUUCUAUAAGAAAGGAGAGGUUAGAAGAUCUAUUCAAUCAAAACAGAAAGAAAUCGCACAUGAAUAAUGAAGCAGAUCCAUUAAUUGAAAUUCCAAGUUUUUCUGAAUCAUAAGAACUUCAUAAAUAUCUUAUUGAUGGAGAGUUUAGUCAAUAAAAAUUAUUAAAGGCUGCUAAUGAUAAACAAUUGUUAAAUAAAUUAUUUCUUAGCGCACAAGUAUCAGAUUAUUAUUCAAUUACAAUUUUGGGUAAUAUAUGCACCAAAUAAAAUCUUGAAGAAUGUGAAAUUCUUUUUCUAAAUUAAUUAAAAUUAGCAAAACAAAGAAAAGACAUCAGAAUGAUUGAUAAUGUAAAAAUAAUACCGAAUCAUUUAGAUAUUUGAUGCACUAAAUAGUGUUUGUACAUAAGAAUUAACAAGAAAAUAAUUAGAAUACUUAUUAAAUGACAAUUUAAUUGCAAUAGUAAAUUAAAUACUAAAAGAAAAUUAACAUGAGAUUUAUACAGAUGAUGAAUUUAAAAUGAUAAAAAGUGGAACUGAAUUAUUAUGUAGAUUCUUCAAUCAAUUUAGAGUUUUUAGUGAGGAAGAAUUAACAGAAAUAAUAUAAAAAUAUAACUAAGAGGUAUUCAAUAAUAAAAUUGCAUAGAUUCGAUAUACAUUUUAUUUAAUGAAAUAAUUACUUCCUCUUCAAUUAUAAUAUCCAAAAGUAACUUUUAUGUUUAUAAAAAAUCUAAUAUAAAUUAUUUCAUUAGAUCCUGAUAUAGCUAAUGAUUUAGACAAUUAAACUCUUUAAAUAUGUGUAUAGUUAUUAGAUUGUAGUUAAAAUCCAAUUUUAAUUUCAAUAAUUUUAAGAUUUAUGAUUGGUAUAAGUGCUUUCAAAGAUGAGAAAUUUGUUUAAAGAAUCUUUUUUUUGAAAGGUCAUGAUAUAGUUAAACAAUAUAUAAAUCAUGAAAGUUUAAUAAUAAGGUAAGGUUCAAUAAAGUUAUUGGCUAAUUUUACAAAUGUUGAUUCUGAAAAUUUAUAAAAGGAGAUUGUUUCAGAUCUGCCUUUUAUUGCAGAAGUUGUUUAAAACUUUUAGAAUACAGAAAAGACUGAUGAAAAUUAUUUAAGAUUGAUUUAUGGUAUUACAUUUAAUUGUAUGGCUUACACAUCAACUGAAUUGAUUCAAGAUUUAAGAGUAUUUUAAAUAGUCAGAAUUAAAUUCCUUUAAGAGGAACCAGAAGAAACUGAAAAUAUAAUAAUCUAUUUAAAAGUACUCUAUACUUUAAUUUGCUAUUACUAAGCUUAUUGUAUAGAUGACACAGAAUUAGAAUAAAAGUUAGAGAGUCUAUUAAAUCAUUAAAAUGAAGACUUAGUGAAACUUGCUGAUGAAACACUUGAUUUAAUUGUAAGCAAAUAAGAAUAAUGUAUGAAUGAAUGA